AUGGAGCCGCGCAGGGCGGCGGAGGAAGAGCUCCCGCCGGAUUUCCAGGGGGUGUCGGUGCCGAAGGGCGAACCUGAGGAGCGCCGGGCGCUCCCGCCGCCCGCGGGCUGCCCGGCAGAGCAGGCGCGGGAGCGGGGCCCGGAGCCGGCCCGGGCCAGGGCGGAGCCGCCCGGGAUUAAAGCGCGAAUUAAGCGAGAGCAGGAACCACGAGGAGAGCUGAGGAGUGUGAGGUGGGCCCGUAGCCCGAGGGCUGUUCGGUGCUUCCCAGGGAGACAGCUUAGGAGCAGGCGCUUCCGAUUACGCUGGUUUCUGGGAGAACGACUCGCCCAGCUUCAGAUGGAGCCAGCAAUGGGGUCUGUAUUUUCCCUUCUCCAGAGCCCCGGGAGGAGGGGUGCUGUAGGAUAUCCAGGGGACAACAAGGAGGAGAAAGGCUUCCCUGAAGACCUUAAGCAAGAAGAGCUGCCUGAGGUAUGUGAAGCCCAGAGCCCAGAGAGGGGGGCAGCCUGUGAUGAUUAUCCUCAUAAAAAAAGAGACUCCAGGAAACUUGCCCUUGGUGCUGAUGGUCAGAAACUGCACUGGGAAGAGAAACCCUUCAAGUGUCCAGAGUGCGGGAAGGGCUUCAAGGGGCGCUGCAGGUUCCUGACCCACCUGCAAAUCCACACAAGAGAAAAAGUGUUUGUGUGUGCAGAAUGUGGUAAGAGCUUCAGUAGGAAGGCCAACCUGGUGGUUCACCAGAGAGUCCAUACAGGGGAGAGGCCUUACAAAUGCAAGGAAUGUGAGAAAACCUUCGGCCGUGCCUCAAGCCUCCUUGCUCACCACAAAACCCACCUGAAAAAGAAGACCUUUUCCUGCACCAUGUGCAGAAAGGACUUCAGUGGGAACACAGCUCUGCUGCAGCAUCAGAGAGUCCAUACAGAUGAGAAACCCUGUAGGCUUUCAGAGCGUGGAAGUAGCUUCAAUGUGAGCUCAAACUUCAUCAGACACCAGCAUCUAAGAGAGAGACCCAGUGAACACAAAGCAGAUGCAAACCAACCUGAAUUUACAUCUCUGCAUCAAAAAGGAGAGCAAAGGUGUGGUGCAGAGGAAAGUGAGGUGAAUCACUGGAAUGUUUUUUCUGAAGAGAUGAAGAAAAUGAGGGAAAAUAUGGAUAUGCUUCUCCUGAAUCAGCAAAGUCAGCUGCAAGUGCUUCAGGAAAUUCAGAAGCAACUGAAUAUGCUGCUCCCAGGCAAUGCUCUCCUGAAUUCCAACGUUUACAGCUUAGGACUCCUGCUAGGACAGCAGGCAGCUGCUGCAGCAACCAUUUCUUCCCCCCUUCUUAAUCCCAGCAGUCUCCUCUCCUGUGAAGGUGCCAGUGCCUUAUCCCUUUUAUCUACCUCUGGAGCUGUGCCUGCACCUCAGCUUCCAAUGUGUCAAGAUCCUGUGACUUCCGCAGAUUGCUCAGCAUUGUGCUGGGAACAUGUUCAGUGUAAACGUGUGUGACUGUUCUGGACUGUUUUGUUAGGGGCAGGUGACCUCUGGGGCUGUGGUGUAGCAGUUGUUGUACUUGUGAAGGUGCUGACUGUACCCUCAGAUGCAUCAGCAACCAGGAGUUGAUCAAAUACCUGCCCUGUAGCUUGCAGGGAUUUUGGCCAGGAGUGGCAGCUCAAGAGAUCUUUAUCACUGGGAUGCAGUGAAGUGUGACAUUCAUAUACAAGAUAAUGCAUCAAACUUGAGUGUAUUUUUUUACCUGAUUUGGCUUUCAGCAUGUGCUUGGGCAAUUCAAUUUCAAAAUGUGCUUUCCUAAAUGAGUUGAAACUAAUGAUAAACUCCUUAGGGAUGAUUUAAGUAUCUCCUGUUAAGUCUGAUUUAUAUAGAGGGAAACAAGAUGCUUAUGUAACGAUGUUCAGUUUAACAGCACCCCUAUUCCCAGUGUCUGUUUGAAAAAGCUUCCUUCCUUUAGGAAGUCUUUAAAUUAGGUGUCCUUGACUUAGCUGAUUCUCAGGCCAGCACCACUGCUGAAAAUAGAAAAAAAAUACUUUCUGCUUCUUGUUUAAAACAAACAACCCCUUCCCCACCUCCAAAAAAAUCCCCCUCCAAAUGAACAACUGAAAACGCAAACCAAAAAUCCCUCAACAAAGUACCACCUUUCAAGUCUACCUUGCUUACCAAGAGUUCAUGAGGAAAAGCCAAAUUGUUUUAUAGGGCACUUGUUCUUUUGAUCAAUGGUGAACUCAGUUGAGCCUGGGUUUAGAUACUCUUGUCAUAUCCUAUUUGGAUUAUUACAUGGUUUUGGCUGUUACAUAUUAGUUAGGGGUAGGAGUGGGGUAAAUAAUGAACACUGAGAAGCUCAGGUGUUACAUCUUGUGAAAACAGCAGACGAAACAAUUAUUUUUUUAUUAUUAUUAUUUUUUAUUUAUUUUUUUUCCCUGACAUUGGGCCUGUCAGGGUUGAAAAGUGCAGAGUUUUAAAACAUGUUGAUGUGGUCUACUUUGUUCUGUCAGCGACAGACUUGGGCAGUCUCAGAACCUUUAAGCUUCAAAAGAGCAAAAAAACUUCCUUUACCUUUGAACUGGGAUAAAGAAACUUAGGGGCUUGUAUCUUUGCCAAGAAGUCUUUCUCUUGAACUGAUUCUGUGUUUGUGCAUGGUUCAUUUUGUGGCUUGUAGUUGUGUUUCUUAUGCUACCUUGUUAAAAGGAUUGCACUUCUAGUAAUUAAUAAAAUAAAAUAAGGUUUAGAUUUUGGGACAGGAAACACUGGUUCUCUUAACAAAUCAUCUUCUUGUUGACAGUAUGUGACAUUCUGUCUUAAAGCUAAAACUGUGGGGCAAGGUAUGUCACUCCUGCUGUGUGACUACAGACUGUGAAAAUCACACACUUGUUUCUACUAUGUGGGAUUUUUGAUUAGUCUUGACUCAUCAGGAUAUUGAUUUAAGCCAAAUCAAGAGGCUUUAAAGGGCAUCCUUUCAAUGUGAUCUUGUGCUGGUAUCAUUGAGGUGUAAUUUCCAUUAGUUGAGCAUUUUAGAAACCUGUGCCUCCAGGCUUCAGAGCUUCAAUAAGAGUUACUACUGUUCCAUGGAAACUGAGGAGUACUGUUCAUAACUUUUUUUGAUCUUUAAUGUCAUUCUGCAUAAAGUAGAAUCUCCUCAUGAAAUCUGUGAUUAAAGUUUGUUUUUCAGUUUG